UGUAAAGACAAACCUUGAAGCCUAGGAAGGAUCAAUCAAGUUGCAGAACCUGGAAAGUAGACUCAGCACCGACAUGAACGGGACCGAAGCUGAAUCAGAGACCUGUUCCAGGUCCAACUCCGAUCCUCUGGUCUUUUUUGUCAACGGCAAAAAGAUUGUGGAGCAAAAUGCCGAUCCAGAGAUGACACUGCUGACCUAUCUGAGGAGGAAAUUGGGAUUAACAGGAACCAAACUGGGAUGUGCUGAAGGAGGCUGUGGAGCCUGUACGGUCAUGCUGUCUCAAUACCACAAACUGACAGGACAGCUCCAACACUAUGCCAUCAAUGCUUGUCUGGCACCGAUCUGUUCCCUGCACCUGGUUGCAGUCACCACUGUGGAAGGAAUUGGCAGUGUGGCCCGUAAACUACAUCCUGUCCAGGAGAGAAUCGCCAAAGCUCAUGGUUCUCAGUGUGGGUUCUGUACCCCAGGGAUUGUCAUGUCGAUGUACGCUCUACUGAGGAACAACGUCAUUCCAAAGAUGUCAGAUGUAGAGGAGGCCUUUCAAGGAAACUUGUGUCGAUGCACUGGCUACAGACCAAUUCUGGAGGCGUACAAGACCUUUACUGUGGAGGGGGCAGGCUGCUGUGGGGGUAAAGGGCGGCAAAAUGGCUGCUGCAAGAACGGAGGUAACGGGGUAGAGGAAGAUACCAACGAAUCCACAUCUUUAUUCAAUGCUGGAGAGUUUGCACCCUUGGAUCCAACGCAGGAAGUGAUAUUUCCUCCAGAACUAGUGUCUCUCAGUAAGUCCCAGUCCUCUGGAACUCUACUGUUUCGUGGGGAGCGUUCAGUUUGGCUUCAGCCUCACAGUCUGGACCAGUUUCUUCAGAUGAAAUGGAAACAUCCUGAAGCUCGAGUGGUUGUAGGAAACACAGAAGUGGGUAUAGAGGUGAAGUUCAAAAACAUGCUGUAUCCAGUGAUUUUGGCGCCAUCACAUGUUCCUGAACUGAAUUCAGUGACUCACAGUGAAAGUGGCAUUGUGUUUGGUGCAGCCUGCACACUCAGUCACAUGGGGGCGGUGCUGCAGCAGGCAGUGGACAAACAUCCACCUGAACACACACAGGUCUUCCUUGCCAUUCUGGAGCAGCUGCGAUGGUUCGCAGGACAGCAGAUCAGGAACGUCGCGUGUGUCGGAGGAAACAUCAUGACGGCAAGUCCCAUCUCAGACCUGAAUCCUGUUUUCAUGGCAGCAGGCUGUCAACUCACUCUCAUGGACAAAGAUGGCAGUCGUGUGGUCCAAAUGGAUGAUGGUUUUUUCCCCAGUUACAGGAAGACUGUGGUGCGUCCACAGGAAGUUCUGGUUUCCAUUCUGAUCCCAUUCAGCCAGAAGACCCAGUUUGUCUCCGCAUUCAAACAGUCGCCACGUCGAGAGGACGACAUCAGUAUCGUCACGGCAUGCAUGAGCGUAACCUUUAGUCCAGGAACUAAUGUGGUUCAGGACUUGAGGCUGAGCUACGGUGGUAUGGCAGCAACCACCAUUUUAGCCACAAAAACAGCUAACAGUCUGCUGGGAAGGCGCUGGGAGGCGGAGCUUUUGCAGGAGGCUUGCUCCUCACUGGCUGAGGAGAUGACUCUUGACCCUUCAGCCCCUGGUGGUAUGGUGACGUACCGCAGAACUCUGGCUCUCAGCCUCUUCUACAAGUUUUACCUAAACACGUUGCAGAAGCUCCAUCAGCAGGGAGUGUCUGUGGACGAGGUUCCCUCUGACUGUCUGAGUGCAACAGACAUGUUCCAUCAACCGAUGCCCUCUAGUGUCCAGAUCUACCAGGGAGUGCCGAAGGGUCAGGACCAGGAUGACGUGGUGGGCCGUCCUCUGAUGCACCUGUCGGCCAUGAAGCAGGCCACAGGAGAGGCCGUUUACUGCGACGAUGUGCCACUCUAUGAGAAUGAGCUCUACUUGGCCCUUGUCACAAGCAGCAAGGCUAACGCUCGCAUCCUCUCCAUUGAUAAGUCGGCAGCAGAGAGUUGUCCUGGUGUGGUCUGCUGUGUUUUUGCCGAGGAUAUUCCAGGCUGUAAUGUCACCGGAGUGGUGGAGUACGAUGAGACGGUCCUCGCGCACACUCAUGUCACAUGUGUGGGUCACAUCAUCGGAGCUGUCGUUGCCGACACCCAGCUCCAUGCUCAAAGAGCAGUCAAGGCCAUCAAGAUCCAGUACCAGGAACUGGAACCUAUUGUGACCAUCCAGGAGGCCAUUACUGCCCAGUCCUUCUAUCAGCCAAUCAGAACCCUCCAGAGAGGAGACUUAUUGAAGGGAUUUAAACAGGCUGAUCACAUUUUGGAAGGGGAGAUGCACAUGGGAGGUCAGGAACAUUUUUACCUGGAGACAAACGUCACUCUGGCUGUUCCACGAGGAGAAGAUGGAGAAAUGGAAAUUUUCGCAUCCACACAGUCUGCAACUAAAACACAGAGUACUGUAGCAAAGGUCCUGGGUGUGCCCGCCAACAGGGUAGUGGUACGGGUGAAGAGGAUGGGCGGCGGCUUUGGGGGGGAAGAGAGCCGGACGACGAUCUUGUCAACUGUGGUCGCUGUGGCGGCUAACAAGUUGAAGAGACCGGUCAGGUGUAUGUUGGACAGAGACGAGGACAUGCUUAUCACAGGAGGACGACAUCCUUUCUAUGGAAAAUACAAGGUUGGUUUCCUAAACAGUGGUAAAGUGGUGGCUCUGGAUGUGUCCUACUACAGUAAUGCUGGGAACUCCUUGGACCUCUCUCUGUCUGUCAUGGAACGUGCACUGUUUCACAUGGAGAAUGCGUACAGCAUUGCUAACGUUCGCGGUCGAGGCUUCUUAUGUCGGACCAAUCUGCCGUCCAACACGGCCUUCAGAGGCUUCGGGGGACCACAAGGAAUGCUGGUCGCUGAGAACUGGAUCAAUGAUGUUGCUCUGAGUUUGGGAAAGUACAGCGAAGAGGUCCGUCGGUUAAAUUUAUAUAAAGAAGGGGAGUCUACUCCCUACAAUCAGAUCCUUGACCAUGUGAACCUGGAUCGCUGCUGGGACGAGUGUCUGUCCCGGUCUGGGUACCAGGAACGCCGUGCUGCUGUGACACUUUACAACAGACAGAACCGAUGGACCAAACGAGGCCUUGCCAUGGUGCCCACAAAGUUUGGCAUCAGUUUCACCGCGGCCUUCCUGAAUCAGGCUGGAGCUCUGGUCCACAUCUACACCGAUGGUUCUGUAUUGUUGACUCAUGGUGGAACCGAAAUGGGACAAGGUCUCCACACCAAGAUGGUCCAGGUUGCUGCUAGAAUUCUUGGAAUCCCCUGCUCCAAAAUCCACAUCUCCGAGACCAGCACCAACACGGUCCCCAACACCAGCCCCACUGCGGCCUCUGCCUCCUCUGACCUCAAUGGUGCCGCUGUUCAGAACGCCUGCGAGAUCCUGAUGGAGCGAUUGCAACCUUACAAGACUAGGAACCCCAAAGGAUCCUGGGAGGACUGGGUGCAUUCUGCCUAUUUUGACCGAGUAAAUCUGAGCACCACUGGCUUCUACAAGACACCAGACCUUGGGUAUGACUUUGAUAAGAACUGUGGUCGAGUGUUCCACUACUUCAGCUACGGCGUGGCAUGUUCCGAGGUGGAGAUUGAUUGUCUGACCGGAGCUCACAAGAACCUGAGCACCACCAUUGUGAUGGAUGUGGGACACAGUCUGAACCCUGCCAUAGACAUCGGACAAGUAGAGGGGGCCUUUAUGCAGGGUCUGGGUCUCUACACCCUAGAGGAACUCCAUUACUCUCCUCGUGGUGUUCUUCUCACUCGAGGUCCUGGUUCCUAUAAGAUCCCAGCCUUUGGUGACAUUCCCACAGAGUUCACUGUCUCGCUGCUGCGUAAUGCACCCAAUGACAAAGCCAUCUUUGCCUCUAAGGCAGUAGGUGAGCCGCCUCUGUUCUUAGCAUCGUCCAACUUCUUUGCCAUCAAAGAUGCCGUCACAGCAGCCAGGGCAGAGUCUGACCUUCGAGGUCCAUUCAGACUGGACAGCCCUGCCUCUGCUGAGAGGAUUCGCAAUGCCUGCAGUGAUCGAUUCACCAAAAUGUGUCCACCAGCAGAACCUGGUUCCUUCAAACUCUGGUCUGUGCGGGUCUAGGACUGCAGGUCCAGGUCCCAGUCCCCAUUUAUUUUAUUUGGACAUUGGUCUUACAACUGGUAGUUAAUCAGCUACAUUUAGAUAGAAUAGAAGCUAACAUCUAGUGAUCCAGCCAGUGAGAACCAAAUACCAAAUAAAACACAUUCUUCUUCAACAUAAAAUAUAUAAAAAUAAUAGAAAUCUAAGUAAGUAAUAUAUUAACUACCCACCAAGAAAAUAUGUAAACAGCAUAACUUUUGUGGGGUUUGUUCAGGAAAAGUAUUUUUGAUAAAAUGUGGGUAACACAUUUUGCACCUGUAAAUGGUUUUGUUUGUUUUCAGUUUCUUUCAUCUGUUAAUCUCUCAUCUCAACACAGUGGUUCUCCAACUUUUUUUUACUGUGUACCACCUGAGAAAACAUUGAUCUCUCUGAGUACCACCAUGAUGACCAACAUCAGAGUAUAGCAGCAGAGGCCUUCAGUGUUAGCUU